AAAAAUUGUCUAACUCGUCCUGUAGAGGGAGCGCAGUGGUAAAUCGAUAGGAGGGGCUAUCUCACAUCGGCCAUCAGUUGUUUCCAUAGGACUGAGAGGAGGAAAAAGCAACAGUAUUCAUAGGGAGUACAGUGUGGACUGACCUAUACGGUUCUUACGCCUUAUACUGGAAAUAAAUCGCCGAGGACCAUCUAUAAUACAUAUAUAAUCAUACCAUUAGAUAGAUUUGUGUUGCAUACAUCCGUAAGGAUACUCAGUAAUUGGGGUAUUGUCACUGACAGAAGAGUGCGCGCAGAGGUUGCGGGUGGACAGGAGCGCUCAGCGGUGGAAGCGGGAAGCGCGCCCGGCUGUGGGGCUGAUGCACGCGGCCUGUCCAUUAGCAGCGGCCCGCCAUGGCGGAGACCAAGAUCAUCUAUCACCUCGACGAGCAGGAGACUCCAUACCUCAUCAAACUACCCAUCCCCGCGGAAAACGUCACUCUCGCCGACUUCAAAAAUGUCCUCAAUAAACCCAACUACAAAUUUUUCUUCAAAUCUAUGGACGAUGAUUUCGGGGUGGUGAAAGAAGAGAUUUCUGAUGACAACGCCAAACUACCAUGUGUCAAUGGACGUGUUGUGUCAUGGCUGGUGUCUGCAGAUGGCUCUCAUGGUUCUGAUGGAGGCUCUGUAUGUGCAGACACUCAAGUUGAGCUACCUCCCCCUCUGGAGAGGACAGGAGGCAUCGGAGACUCCAGACCCCCUUCGUUUCAUGCGAAUGCCGCUGGGAGUCAGGAUGACCUGGUCAAUGACACAGAGCCUGAGGUGGGUCCAUUGCUGCGGAGAGAUCGAGACAGAGACAGAGAGAAAGACAGGGAGAGAGAGAGGCCUCGGAGAAAAGACACACAUGACAGCGGAGGCAGGUUGAAUGGUCACUCCCGGCCAGAGCACAGGCCAAAGAUUGCUGGCUAUGAGAGCUCAUCCACACUGAUGAGCAGUGAGCUGGACACCACCAGCUUCUUCGACUCAGAGGAGGAUGACUCCACAAGCAGGUUCAGCAGCUGUACAGAGCAGAGCACAUCGUCGCGUCUAAUGAGACGCCAUCGGCGCCGCAGACGGAAACCCAAAGCACCCAAGAUGGAGAGGUCGUCGUCGUUCAGCAGCAUAACUGACUCCACCAUGUCUCUGAACAUCAUAACUGUCACAUUAAACAUGGAGAAGUAUAAUUUUCUGGGCAUCAGUAUAGUAGGGCAGAGCAAUGAGAGGGGUGAUGGAGGGAUCUAUAUUGGUUCCAUCAUGAAGGGCGGGGCAGUGGCUGCUGAUGGACGCAUUGAACCUGGUGACAUGCUACUGCAGGUAAACGAUAUAAACUUUGAAAACAUGAGUAAUGAUGAUGCAGUGAGGGUGCUUCGAGAAAUCGUCCAUAAACCCGGCCCCAUUACGCUGACUGUGGCAAAAUGUUGGGAUCCAAACCCCCGCAGCUGUUUCACCCUCCCACGGAGUGAGCCAAUCCGUCCAAUAGACCCUGCUGCCUGGGUGUCUCACACUGCUGCGAUGACGGGGGCGUACCCAGUGUACGGUAUGAGCCCUUCCAUGAGCACAAUCACCUCCACCAGCUCCUCCAUCACAAGCUCCAUUCCAGAGACCGAACGGUUUGACGAAUUCCAUCUGUCCAUUCAUAGUGACAUGGCAACAGUGGCCAAAGCAAUGGCAUCACCAGAGUCAGGACUAGAGGUGCGAGACAGAAUGUGGCUGAAGAUCACCAUUCCCAAUGCCUUCAUAGGUUCAGAUGUAGUGGAUUGGCUCCAUCAUCAUGUCGAAGGCUUCACUGACCGGCGGGAAGCGCGUAAAUAUGCCAGCAACCUGUUAAAAGCUGGCUAUAUCCGCCACACUGUCAACAAAAUCACCUUCUCCGAACAGUGCUAUUACAUCUUUGGUGAUCUCUGUGGCACUAUGGCCAGCCUCACCUUGCAUGACCAUGACGGUUCUAGUGGGGCAUCUGACCAGGACACUCUCGCUCCAUUGCCCCACCCUGGGGCAGCUCCCUGGCCACUAGCAUUCCCUUAUCAGUACCCCAUCCCUCACCCAUACAAUCCUCACCCCGUGUACGAUCCCACCUACAGCUUCUCUGCUGGGGGAGGCAGUGCUGGCAGCCCGCACAGCGAAGGAAGUCGUAGCAGUGGCUCAAAUCGCAGUGGUAGCAAAAAUGAUACAAAUGCAGCAGCUGGAACACAGGAGUCCGGUGGAAGAUCCGGAGGCAGUGGAAGUGAAUCUGAGAAAAGAGAGAAGGCUCCCAGUGAGCAUUCUGCAGCACCCCCGAGCGAACACAGUGUGCAUAGCUCACAUACUAUCCAUAGCUUGCGCAGUGUCCACUCUCACAGCCAGGUCUGUGAACCUCCCGGCCUCCCUCCCCAACAACAGAUGCCCAUAACAGCAACACCAGGAUCACCUCCUGGCAGAGACCUGUCCUCGGUGCCCCCAGAACUCACAGCUUCGCGCCAGUCUUUCCGUAUGGCCAUGGGAAACCCCAGUGAGUUCUUUGUAGAUGUCAUGUGACGUGCUUCAGGUGACUUCGAGAACACGACCCACAAAACGCUCAAGUCACUGUGAAAUGAAUAAAGAUUAAAAGGUCUAGAAAACAAUGACAUUUUAGUUGGGUUGGUAAUGGAGCAUGGUGAGUGUCCCUCCUAUUGUCCCUCCUGUGUCCUGUGGCUUGUACUUUCUUCAUUGAAGAAACCUGGAAGAGAUGGAAAGCUCAUGUAUCCCAUGAUGCCCUUAGAGACCAGAGAUAUGUGAUUGAAGGUGACUGUGGGAUGCAGUGUUAAAGUCAGAGUGGAGAUUUCUGGUUUUGUGUACUUUUUUACAUACUUGACCUGCCUUUUCAUAUUUUGUCUUCUGAAUAUUUUCUCAACCUCAAGCAAAACCCCAUUUUUCAAUCAAAGAUUAUCUGAAAAAAAAAAGACAAGAUAUCAGAGAGCAGCACAAAUAAGUGACGUAAUCUCCUUGUGACUCACCUUUUGCUUUUUAAAGGAUGAACUUAAAUCAUUUUUAAUGAUUAAAAGACAAACACUAUCAAAAGAUAGAAUCAUAGACAAUUAUUUUAUAUUUAUGUCUUUUGUUGUAAUUUUUCCUGCUAAUAUUCAUAGAGAGUGAGAGAGAGAUUUAAGUUUGCAGACAAGGCUUUUAAAGUCUGCUGUGCCCUUUGGGUUCAAAUAAUUUAUUACAUGUGAUGCAUGUUUAAAUACAACACAACAUGAAAUGGUUUUCACAACACAUUUAACUUCUGUAAUAUGACAGAUUUUUGAAUAUGCAGAAUAUUCAACAGAAAAUAUCAUUCUGUACAGUGGGACAUGAUUGUGAAAAGUAGCCUUUGAUAUUACCUGUUAAUAUUAUUGACAGUAAGAUGGUAAAUUGACCCUAUUUACUUUCUUAAUACAUAUUUCUAGUUUUAUUGUGACAGAUUCAAUGGUGCAUUUUAUUCCAAUGCAAAGGAGAAAAUAAAUUGUCUUAGUUAUCUUUUAUGCCCUUUGUUAAAACAACAGCUUUUCAGCUUAUAACACCUAGCCUUAUUAUUUUUCCUCCACUUACCUCCAGCCAGCUGUCAUAUAGAAACAACUUUUCACUAUCUAUUGCUUCCACUUGGAAAUAUGUCACAUUACGGAUGGAUUGUGGUAUUUACAUUAGGAGAUAUCCAGUUUUCUGCAUUUGCUGCACUAAACAUCAGAGCCAGCAACAAUGAAGAGGCUUGAAAUGGAUCUUUAUCAUUUUAAUAUCCAAAUAUGAUCCAGCACACACACUGUGAACGUGAUGCACUAUUAUGUAAUGGAGAUCAGCUCUCGUCACUCUCUCACUCUGCCCUGAACACAGUACUUAAAAUGUUAAUGUAAUUUAAUCAUUAACUAUCAGCCCUCUGUAUACUGUAUUUUUCAUUCUGUUUCUAUGUAAACCUUCCAUUAUUUCCCCAGAUGCAUUUAUGACAUUUUUAAUUAUUGGAAACAGAUCAGAGUUUCAGUUUAAUACUCACACUGUUUAUGAUGAAACAAAACAAAUGGUUUUAUUUAUAAAAAAUACUUUAUUGCAUA